GGGAAAGAAGACAUAGGGCAGAAAUUACUAAAAAUACUAAAGAACUUUACAAAUGUAAUAUGUACAGUGGAUUAGAUUUCUAACUGAUGCUCUUUUAAAACAAACUUUUUCGUUGAAGGUGGAGAUAAGCUGCGUUACCUGAAGAUACCUGUGGAUAUCAAUUUUGUCUUUAAAUAAAUCUCAAGCUUGAUAAUUGCUGUCUUGGAAGAGAAUCCUCCAGCUUUACCAUUAUGGCUCUGACAUUGCUGAGCGGUGCUUUCAGGCACAGUAGAUGCUGCCGGCACAAAGUCUGGCACCCUGUUCUUGGAUCUCUCCCCACUGAUUUUGUGUCAGAAUCAUACAGCAGCUAUAGGAGGCCAGGGUGGCUGCCUGAAAGAAAACCAUCUUGGCAAAAGAUUGAUUUCAGUUUUAAGAAGGGAUUAGAUACCUUAAAGACUCAACUAAAAUUGCUGAAGCAGGAGACAAAAGAUCACUUAACAGGACCAGAAGGCCGUCCACUCGAUGAGUACCUUUUAGAACAGACAAGGGUUGUUUGGAUCUUUCGGACCCAAGAAGAUUUAAAGAAAUGGGUAAUUUCUUCUGAUGUAGAGAUUGGAGGAAAAAGUGAAGUGUACUUAACACAGAGUAGGAAUAACCAGACUGCCCUGUUAUAUGGGACCCUCAAUACUGAAGUACCUCGUGAUGGGGAGACACAAUACAGUGGAUACUGUAGUAUGAGAUCCAGACCACUAGUGGGAUCUUUUGGUAAGAAGAAAUAUUUUGACUGGUCAAACUUCAAUUGUCUGUACUUACGUGUCCGUGGUGACGGUAGACCUUGGAUGAUCAACAUUUAUACGGAUCCCUACUUCUCGCAUCACAAAGAUGAUCUGUACAGCUACUUCAUGUUCACCAGGGGAGGGCCGUACUGGGAGGAUAUCAAGAUUCCGUUCUCUAAGUUCUUUCUCUCCAGUCGAGGAAGAAUCCAGGAUAACCAGCAUCCUAUCUGGUUAGACAAGAUCAGCACCCUUGGAUUCACCCUGGGGGACAAAGUGAAUGGCCCAUUCCAGCUGGAGAUUGAUUUUAUUGGCCUGAUCAAUGACAGAGCUCAUACUGAAGAAUUUGCAUAUGAGAAAUAUGACUUGAAUACUUAAACCUGAGAUGGUCCUGGUGGCUUUGGGAGUACAGUUCAGAUGCUUAAUUUUUCUAACUCUCCUUAAUUUGUGGGGUUCAACAAUGUGAAGAUGACUGUGUAAUGCUGAAAAGUUAAAUGCGUGAGCUGUUGGCUGUAGCAUCCUCUAGCUGCCAAGCAUGAAAUUCUAGCAAGACCACCCACACAUGGGCUGGAAUGGAGCAGAGCCCAAGGCAACUUUUGAUGUACAUUUACAAAAGAGGAACCAUUGACUAUAU